CCUUUUUCUUCUCCCCCUUUUUCAUAAAAGUAACACAUUAACUAAAAUGAAGCAGAACCCGCUUCUCAUCACAGAGAUUACACGCAUCUUGUGUACGUUCAUUGACGGCAAGGACUUGCUAAAUCUUGCUUUAACAUGCCGAGCUCUUUAUUAUGAAUCAUGUUUUCGUUUAUGGAACACUUUAAACCCGAAAUCGCACCGAACGUUACGUAAGAUUAAAAAUACGCUGGAAACAACUGAUGAAUACAAUAAACUGGUCUGGAAAUUUCGUUGGUCAGCAAGAGAAGAUGCUCACCACUUGGAAAGAUUGUUUUUCGAUUCAUUCUUGUUUCCGAACUUGAGGGAACUUGAAUUUUCAAAUGCUGCCACACAAGAUUAUAUUGUCUAUCCGAUGAUCGCAGCUAGUCCUUAUUUAAGAUCAUUGAAUUUAUCCCAAUGCUAUUGUCUAUCAACAGACGCAAUUAGGCCCCUCUUAUCAAUGCCUGGAAAUAGGUUAGAAUCAUUGACUCUUUAUGGCUGUGGAAACAUUGAUCCCCAGGUCAUGGCCGAUAUUAUUUAUAGACAUUCUGCUACAUUAAAACGCCUAAGGCUCACCGAUAUAAAUGAUAGAGUGCAUCUUCAUUGUAAUAUACCAAAACGUAAUCUGUGACAUUUUUGAGCAUUCAUCUCCGACUAGUACAAGUAAUAUAAAAGGAAAUUUAUUUAUAGCCAGAUUUUUUUAAUGUGGGGAGAAUUUUUUUUUUUUUUUUAAGAAAAUUUUUCAGGGAAAUAUAUUUUAUUUGGGGGG